GAGCGUUUAGAGCUGAGUGAUUGCUUGUUCGCUACAGUUCUUACGUAAUGAGAUAGCGCCGGAGAAUUCGACUGAAGUCUAUCGCUAAUUAUUUGGGCAGAGGUGCGAGCUUCAUGCUUUCUGUUUACCGGCUGUUAUCAACCGACAGGAGGCAAGGACGCCCUUCUGCGGCGAUCGGUGAUUCACGCGCGCCGCUGUCAGUGCGAAAGUCCAACUUGACAGGUUCAAGUGCAACUUCGGCAAUAAUCGUUCGAAUAACACACCUUGUGCUUCAGUGUUUUUAUAAUUCAUAUUAGCUAGUGCUCAAUAGUGGUUGCGUUUGCUGUUAACAGGAUCAACGCUAUAGAAGGCUCAUUAUUCGAUAUUUAUAUGGAAGGUGUCUUCAAAUAUCUGGCUGCAAUAAGCCUCACCAUUAGCAUGUUUUUUAUUCAAGGAUCUGAUAGCAUAAAAUGUUAUCAGUGUAACUCACUCACCGAUUCCUACUGUGACACUUUUGCUAAUACAACUGCAGCCCACAUCUACCUGAAGCCAUGUGAAAAUGUUCACAAUAAUAGCGCUUUCUGUCGAAAAAUUGUUCAACACGUGAAAUACAUGAUUGGAUCAACGCGGAUAAUCAGAAGAUGCGGAUGGGAGACGGAUAUCCACAACCUGACUUGCAAGUCGUUCGAGGACGAUGACCACAGGGAGAUUGUGUGUCAGUGCUUUGACGAUGGCUGCAACUCCGCCAAUCGAUUCUCCUCUCCUUUUCUAAUGCAGCUCGCUCCACUCGCAUCUUUUGUCUAUUAUAUCAUGUCAUAACAAUCACCAUGAACAGCAUAGACUAAGCAGUGUAAUUGGUAGGAGUCCAAUGGAUUGUAGGGUUCCUAUAUCUUGAAGAAUUGGAUCAAUGGCAUAAGUAAUGAAAAUAUAUAGCAUAAUGCAGUUGUUGACUUCUCUAGUGUGGUCCACGUUAUAAUGUCAGUAUUUGAUUAGCGUUGGUGUUGCUAUCCUUGUCUAUCAUUGGACAAAGCAAUUUGCGCUAUCCUUUUCUAGCUCCACAAUGUUUAUGAAAAUUUAAUUUUAAAUAAUUGGAGAAUAUAUUUUUUUGACGAAUAAAAUAUAUUUGACAAUAAUUAUUGUAAACAAGAAUGGUCAGUCAAUAUUUUAUCAUAAAUACCGGUAUCAGCUAACUUAUCCUCUAUAGAAAGCAUUGGCAAGGCAGAGAAUCGGCAACGCUUUCCUCCUAUCUUCCUAUACUGUCAUUAUAACGUGAACCUCACUAUAAAUCUAGCCUAUAGGAUAUUGAAGUUGAAAAAGGCUUCUGGAUUCCAAGUUUUUAAAAGUCGUUCAACCCUCAUUUUAGUAAAAGACUUGAAUUUACUAUAUAAAGUAAAUUUCAAAACUGUUUACAAAACUCGUACCUAGACUUUUUAAUUGUUGGAAAUGUGUUCUUAUAAGUUUUAAUAAUCAUCUAAACAUUUUAAACAUUGGAGUAUUGAUUAUGGAUGAAGAAAUGAAGUAUAACAUAGAAUAGAGUAAUAGUAGAACUAUGGUAUCUGGAUGUAUUGUAGAAUGAGUGAAUGACGUUGUGAAUUUGUAAAUUAAUAAUUAUUGCUACAAUCGAGUUAACGUAGACCUUACAAAUUAAAAUCUCUGUCAAUAUUUUUAAUAAAAACUUUUAACUUCAA